UCUGUAGUAAACUCAUAGUAGAGUAUAUUAGUGGCCCUGCUAUCGCUCAGCGCUAAAUCGGUAGCCGAUCUUGAUCUACUCUGCAGCGUGCACCUCGGUGACCUUCGACCCGCACCAAUGCCACACUGUGCCAGUGAAUUAAAUAAGACCAAGACCGGAAGUACGGCGCUGGGGUACGGUAUAACGUGUAAAUGUACUGCAACUCGAAACUUUGCUGCAGAUUACCGACGGCCCGAUGGCGCAUGUGGCUUGAUCACGGUAUUUUUUCUAAUGAUUUUCAUGUGAAAUCUGAAGUCACUACUAUGACAUACGUGUACGUUAUGAUAUCAUACUUUGAUACACAUUUUUAAUUAGUGGCUGAAAUUGUUGUGACUAUAUAUGUAUACUCGGCAUGGAUUCGAGGCAGCUGUAUCUGUAUACGUGGACGAUCGUGGCAGCGUGCAUAAGUAUCAGCGCGCUGCCGGCGGCUUCUGCAGCGAGAGACUGCGGGGACGCGGCCGGAUCCGGACAGGAUCUGGACUGCGCCGAGGGCGGUCGCCCGAUCAACACGGCCACGAACUACACAACCAUCCCAUCCGACCGAACAUCGUCCUCGUCCUCCUCGACGACAUGGGCUUUAACGACGUUAGCUUCCACGGCUCGACACAGAUUCCGACGCCGCGCAUCGACCGGCUGGCGCGUGAGGGCAUCAUCCUGCACCGGAUGUACACGCACUGCACCUGCAGUCCUUCCCGUUCCGCCCUCCUCACCGGCAAAUACCCUUUCACCAUCGGGAUGCAGGGUCACCCGAUUAAACCCGGCGAGCCGUGGGGAUUGCCCUUGCAGCACAAGCUCCUGCCGGAAUACAUGCGGCAACUGGGCUACUCCACCCACAUGAUCGGCAAGUGGCAUCUCGGGGAUCACCAGACGGCGUAUCUGCCUCAUAAACGCGGAUUCGAUACCUUUUGGGGAACACCCGGCGGUGUACUCGAUUACUACUCCUAUCAGACUUUCGAGGGAUACAAUAUGUACAACGGAUCGGACGUGCUGCGCUUCAACGAGAGCACCUACGUCACUGACCUUUUCGCCCACUGGGGGCAGGCGCUGAUCCAGGAGCGAGCGGCCGCCCAAAAGCCCUUUUUCCUUUACUUCGCCCCCAACGCCCCGCGGGGCAGCGUUAACCGCAACGACACCCUGCAGACGGCUCCCAAGUACCUCAACCGACCAUCGGUCCAGGCCAUCGCCCACCCGGGGCGCCGCAAAUACGCAGCAAUGAUGCAGGCAGUGGAUGACGCUGUUGGCACCAUCCACGACGCCAUCCGCGACGCUGGGCUUCUCCAUAACACCGUCGUCUGGUUCCUCUCCGACAACGGCGGCCCGCUACCGCAACCCGGCACUUUCGGUGUCGCUGCACCGGCGAGUAACUGGCCCCUGCGCGGUGGGAAGCAGACGCUCUUUGAGGGCGGGGUCCGCGUGGCGGGCUUCGUGUGGGGCGGCCCGUACAACGCGGUGGCCGGCGGGAGUCUUUACCAGCACCCGAUGCACCUGACGGAUCUCCUGCCCACCCUGGUGGCCUCCACGCAUGUCCCAGAGCUGGCCGACGAGCACCACGAUAACUACAUAUUGGCCAACAGCUCCACGCACGGGUAUAACCACUGGGACUACAUUUUGACGGGCCGCGCCGGGCCCCGGCACAUCACGCCCCUGGACAUCAACCACACCGAAGGCCGCAUGGGCCUAAUUGCCGGACGGUACAAGGUGGUCACCGGGAACUACUUCAACGGCUCCCGGGAGUCCAAUAAAUGGACCCGGCCGUUUGGGACCAGCGACGCCGACCCGCAGCAGGUGGAGACGCGGGCGCGCGUGCACUGCCACCACCCCGAAGGGCGGGAGCAGACGCCGUGUAGCCCAGAGAAAGAGGUGUGCCUCUUCGAUUUGCUGGACGACCCCUGUGAGACGAAUAAUUUGGCGGCCGCCCGUCCUGAAGUGCUGGAGGAGCUCCUGGAGCACAUUCGCCGCUGGAACGCCAGUUACCACCCGGUGAUUAGAAUACUCAACGACCCGGCCUCCGACCCGGCGCUGCACGGCGGCGUGUGGCGGCCGUGGAUGGACUAGCUUAAUUUAUUUAAACCACCGUAUACUUGUUAUAAAACUUUGUUAUUUGAAGUACUGGUUUGGUUUGCUGUAAAUCGUUGCUGCUGAAUGGUGCUUCCUCGUAUGUUGAAUACCAGUAAUGUUACCGUAUAGUAAAACUAACAAAAAAAACAUGAAUUUUUUUUAUAUAGGCUAGAAGUUGUUAUACGUACAAAGUUGUAAAGUUCAAUA